UUUUUACGCGUAAGUUGGUAAAUAAAUAUUUAAUGGGAGCAGUUUAUUUGACGAGCACGUCAUCUGAAAUGCGUAAUCUAGAUUAGAUAAUAAAAUAUAUACAUAUAUAAACGCUUGCAAAAAUGGCGUUGAACCGGUUAUGUUGUUAAAUUCAUGUUUUUGCAAACAUUGUGCUCUUAUUUUCAAAAAUAAGGCUUCAAGAUGAUGAAAAUAUCGGCAUUAAACGAGGUUUCGUCCGGAAAAGACGAGGAAGAAGAUGUAACGACAAUUACCAAAGAGGCCCAGGAACAAAUAGCCCUUACGGAAUAUAAUAGAGCGUUACAGCUUCUUCAGGGCAAAAAGAAAGAUGAAGCCUUGACAGUUUUCCAAGACCUUCUCGAUACCGAGCUUCUCGAUCAGGUUGAAAAACCUGAGGUUCCAGAUGGAAGAUCCCGACCCAUGUUGUCUUUAAAAUACGCUUGUUUCAAAAACAUAGCAAGCAUCCAAGCCGAUUUUGAAAAUUACGAAGAUGCGAUAGACAAUUACUGGGAAGCUGCAAAUUUGGAUGAUAGCGAUGUGACUCUGUGGCAUAGAAUUGGAAUACUAGCGAUGAAAAUCUCGAAUCUAGAGCUUGCCUGUUCCGCGUUUAAGCAGGGUUUAAAAUGCAAUCCGAAUCACUGGCCCUGUUUAGACAAUAUCAUCACUGCCUUGUACGCAGUUCCUGAUUACAUGAACUGCCUAUUGUAUAUUUCAAUGGCUCUAGAACGAGAUUCGACUUACGUCAAAGGUCUGGCAUUUCGGGAGAAAAUCUUCAAGGACAUGCCUUGUUUCGAGGAAAGUUACAAACUUUACAACAGCGACUGGGCUCUUGAUCCUCCCCCAGACAUCGAAUACGAUCACGUUAUCGGAGAAAAGUUGUUGGAGGAGGUGAAAGAAGUCGCGGAAAAAUGGGCUGAAGCCUGCAAACCAGAAUUCACCAUGAAACCCCUGCCUCUCUUGACCCUGAGGAAACCUUUGUCGCAGUAUACUUGGUUUGAACUCGGCGAGAGUCUUGUGGGUAUGCACGAAUAUGUUUUCGAAAACGAUAUCAGUUUUGCGAGCAAGGUCAGCAUUAUUGUACAAAAAAGUGAGGAGACUGAGGAAGAGAAGUUUGUCUCUGAAAAAGAGGAGAAGGUUCUCUCUGAUAAAGAGGAGAAGGUUGCCUCUGAAAAAGAGGAGAAAAUUGGUUUUGAAAAAGAGGAGAAAGUCGUUGUCUCUGAAAAAGAUGAAAUUCUGGAUAAUAAUGUGGAGGAUGAUGAAAUGGAAGUGGAUCUGAAAUCCGAAGAUGAGGAGGAAAAGAAGGAUGAGGAAGAGAAGAAGGAAGAGGAUGAUCAGCCCGUUUUUGAAAUUGAAGACGAUAUUCCAGUCUCUGAUAGCAACACUGACAACUUGAUAGAAAUCGAAAACGAGGAUGAUGGAAAGUCGGGAUCGAGUGAUAUCCAAAUUAUCGAGUUGGAUGAUCCGUUGAAAGUUUCCGAACCCGAUGUCCUGCCUCUUGAUGAUUUUGUGGUGAAGGAACCGGAGCUUGAGAUGGAUGUUGAGAUGGAAAAACUCGAUGUGGAGAAGGAUUUAGAAAAUUUGAAAAAACCUGAGGGUUCCUUGGGUGAGAAAACAGAGAAGAAAGAAACUGACAAGUCGAAUGAUAAUGAGACUUGUAAACAAAAUGACAAAUCUAAUGACAAGUCGAAUGACAAGUCUUCAAAGGCUGACGAGAAAUCGAAUGACAAGUCGGAGGGAAAGGAGGAGAGUCAGAAAGUGAAGAAAAGGAGGAGAAGUUCUCUCUGUUUUUUGCAGCAAUGGGCUUGGAGUACCAAUAAUACGAGAAGAUCAGCGAGGGUUAGGGGAUCUAAUAAAAAAGAGACUGAGAGGGACGAUGCUUUGCUGGAAGAAACGAUCAAGAGGAUUUUACCCAGUAGUUUAUUGCCCGAGAACGCGAAAUACUCUGGAAAUGAGCCUUCGAAAUCCACCGACGAUUCAAUGGACACUAUGGAUUUGUACCAAUUAUUUACCAACAGAGAAAAUAAUAGAGAUGGAACUAGAAGUACAGAAAGUUCAAAGCCAACGAGUCCCCAGAACGACGGACAACAAAAUUACUUCGGCUCGGAUUUCGAAAAAUUGGAAGUUGAAGCUUUCAUCAACGAGCACAGUUGCAAAAAUAAUCUAAUGAUUAUUAUUGCAAAAUAUACGGAAUUUCUAUGUACAAAAUGGAAUCUUGAGUGGCCAAAAGGUCUUGCGGAAGUUUAUUUAAAAGCUUACACAUUUACUAGAGAACAUAUUCCACACUCUCCGUUUGGCGAUGUAGCGGAAGAUUACGUUUUAAAGUUGGAUGCUGAGAUGGCAUUAUUAUAUGCAGAACUUCACACAGAUAGGUGGUUGGAUAAAAAAACUGAAGUUGUUCCAUCUUCCACCCUUCAAAAUUUCGGAACUGGAUUGUCUUCGGAGGAGCUUGGCUACAUUAUUUUUGCGAGUGUUCGAGGCGAUUUAUUCAGUGACGACAAUAUCCUAUUUUUGCUGAGAGUUUUGUGGUUGAAGGCACAUGUAUUUUUGUGCCAGGGUGAAAUGGACAUUGUUAUUGAAACUCUGGAAUCUUUACUGAACCAUAUGCGAGAAUUAAACAUACAAGUUCCAAGCGCAUUUCUCAAACUGAAAAAUUGUAAUCACAAUUCGCACAUCAGUAUUAAAGCAGUGGAGAAAUUGCUACUUUCAAUCCAAAGGGGGCAAAAAUUGAAAGAAAUCAAAAAGCUCUACGAAGAGAAAAAAUAUAUAGAAUUGGCCAACAUUUUACAAGAAACUUUCCAGUUUGCGAAGCAAGCGAGCAAGUUUGGUGUGAAUAAUGAUGUGAUUGUUGAGCGGGUCGAUCAGCUCAAUAUGUUGUUGGACAGUUUAUGGCAACUGAACCAAUUUGAGGAAUGUUACGUUUGGUCCGAGGCUUGUUUAAACGAAGCCUGGAGCACUUAUAUAAAUAGUUCGGAUGAAUCGGUGCAAAAGAAAUGGGCAAAGUCUGUUUUAAAAAUCCUCGAAAAACUGGACGCUUGUACCACUGAAGUUAGCACUUUCGUUGUGCGAUACUUGAAAGAAGAAGACCGAUCUCGACUGGUUCAAAAUUUAGUUCACAUCAUCUGCCAUCAACUGGAUGUUCCCGACAACACCACCGAAAUGAAUCUGAAGACUGUUUUGCCCUGGAUUCUACUUCACUCUAUUUUACAAUACGAAGAAGAUAAGGAACGAGCAAAAUCAAGCCAAGCCGACAAGAACAAAACCCUGCAAUCCCAAAAUCCCGAAUCUGAGGAUGAAGACGAGGACAAGGAUAUUCCAGCCUCUCUCAUGAUUCUCUUUGUCGCUCACGAAUUUCUCGGUCGCCGUCGCUGGUGUAUGAUGAACAAAGCAAAGCUCUUAAUCUUCAUAAUGAAUUUGAUAAUUCCGAAAAUGCGAACCCCGCAAUAUUCUCUGAUUCGCGACAAAUUGACAAAGUACUUGGAACAAAUUUUCUACUGCCUGUAUGGCCAUCCACUGCGACCGAACAAAUCAAAACCGAAGCAUUUGGAGGAUCACGAAGUCACGCAGAUGAUCUUGACCUGGGAAUCUGCUCAGCUCUUGUUUGAUUUCUACAGACCCAACAUCUUGCCAGAAUUCGAUAGUCCGCGUCCUCUUUCAAUUGUCGCUGACACGGAAAUUCUCUUUAAGAAAAUCAGUAAACUUGUUCCGCGAGAGAGCAAUCCUGUCCUAAUUUCAGAAGAGAUGAAUGCUUAUAUAUCGGGGGAAAAAGAUAAAAUGCCUAGUCUGAAGAAGCCUCUUUCAGAUCAAAUUGCCUCUUUGUAUUACCUGCUUGGCGAUUACUAUCUGAAAUAUCAAAAGUGGUCACAGGCGAUCAAAUAUUAUUUGUUGCAUUUGUGUUUGAAUCCGAUUGAUGUCAAUUCCUGGGCGGGAUUGGCGAUGGCGACUGGAACUUUGAUUGAAACUUGGCUGAAUAAUUGCCGACCGAAUAUAAAGGAGAACGAUUUCCUUGUUAAAGCAAAAAUCGCCCAAAAGAGUUACCAACGUGCUGUCGAAUUGUGUCCUGGUAAUCUGGUGAUUUGGACCGAAUAUGGAAAUUUUGUCUACAUGAUUCACUCAUUCUGUUCGCGUUUGCUGAAAGUCGAGAGCGACUCGCUCAGCAUGGAGAGAUUCCAAUUGUUGGAAACUAGAAAGGAAGAAAUGCUGGAAAUAGCCGCCAAUUGUUUUUCAUCGGCAAGCAGAAUUUAUAUUGCUUGCCAGGCAGAGGAAAUGCAAGAUGAACGUUGGCUUUAUCAGUAUAUGCUGGCUAAAAUUGCGGAAAAGCAGAACGAAGAUCCGCCCGUUUUUCUUGAUCACUAUUCCAAGGCGAGCGAAUUACUUUUAGAAAUAGGAGCUGAAUAUCCAGACAGAAUAAAUCACAAAACCCCUCAGACUCUGUCAGUUGAAGCUUUGGAAGUUCACUAUCGAAUUCACGCAAGCAUUCUCAAAUAUCUGGAACAGCAUGAAGGAAAACCGCUGAAAAAAUCCCUCGGGAAAUUAUUCGAGAAGCAUCUGAAAAAUUGUGCAAAAGGUCCUUUCAUGAAGUUCCAAUCAAAGUUGACUCUGAAUCUGGAGGCUGAUCAAAGCAUUUUAAUCAAAUCCUUCCUGAAUUCGGAAAAAACGAGCGCAGUUGAAAAACGAACAAACAGCAUUGAGGAAAUUGAAAUUAUAGACAGUUCAGUCUCGAAUAAAGUUGAUGUUUCGAAACCGGAGAGUCGUAAAAGGCCGCUGGAAGAAUCGCCUCCUGAUAAUGCGAAAAAAGUGAAAUUGAGUGGAAUUUCCCAUCUUCAGUUGAUGCAGGACGUUGUGGCAUUGAUUGAUGAUUUGAUAAACAAAGUCUGUGAAAUGGCAGUUGAAAAUAAAACAAAUGACGAGGAUAUCACUGUUAUAUCAAGCGAUGAAAAUGAAGAUGUGAAAGCAGAGAAAAAGAAGGAUUUUUCGGAACCGAUGAUUGUGGAGGUGAAUGGUUUGAAUGAAAAUGGGGAAAAGGGUCAGAGUUUGGACGUGAAAGAGGGAGUAGGGAAUCAGGUUGGAGGACAAAUUAUUUCAGAGGAAGAGAAUCUGAAGAAAACGGGACCGAAAUUGUCGCCAAAUGAAGACGGACAGGAUAAUCAAUCAAAAGAAAAAACAGUUGAGAAAAAGAAGGUUUUGAAAAAGGGAAACGCAACUUUGAGUCGAAGAGGUUCGCAGGAAAGUACAACGACCCAAACGAGUACAACCGAAACAAAUAAUUCCAGUUCUAGUAGCAGUGAAGAUAGUAGCAGCAGUGAAGAUUCUUCCGACAGUGAUAGUUCCAGCGAAAGCGAUAGUGAAUCGGCCGAGAGUGAAGUCGAGAAAAAGAAGAAGGAAAGCGACAUUUCUAAGGAAGAGGAAUGUUUUAAAGACGAGGAGACGGCAACUUUAAUAGCCUACUGCUUAUCUGGAUUAGAACAGUGCAUUCUGAGGUUUCCUGAACACUACAAAUCUCUAUACCGCAUGGCACAUUUCUACUUCAACAAUAAAAUGGCCAAAAGUUCUAAAAAGUGUAGAGAAUUGUUGCUUGAAACAUAUCAUUGCCAAUUUUAUCAAAAUCAGACCGUUCAAGGCCUCUUUGCGGAUAGAAAGAGCACCAAUUUUUUCAAUGGCGUUUGGAGGAUACCGAGUCACGAAAUCGACAGACCUGGGAGCUUUGCUUCUCAUAUGUCAAGAUGUGUAAUGUUGCUGAUGCAAGUUUUGAAAGAAACUGGAGACAGCAAAAUGUUGAUGGAACUUUGCGUUCAACUUCGAAAAGUUCCCGAAUCGGAUAAGAAAUAUUUGCGGGAUUCGGAAAGAGAACAACUCUCUCGUCAAGCUUGGACGCUGUGCGUUCAAUCUAUGCGAGGUAGAAUUCAAUUCAUGGAUUCGCCACCACCUUCCGAUUCUUUACAACCUGCAAAAACUGAUAAAAGAACACAAAUUCUGAUCGAUGUCUACCAAAUUUAUCAGCAAGUUGCCAAAAAAGAUUCUCAGUGGAAGGAAUCGACGGUCCAUACUUGUCGCAAUUUACUGGUUCAGGCUUAUAAAGCUUUUAUUGGAACUAAGAAUGUGGAAGGAAAUGUGGUUGAUGCUGCUCUGAAAUGCUGCCAACAGCAAGUCUUGGCGAAUAAGAUUGCGGCCGCAUCCAAUCCUUCUCCUGUCGCUACUGUCACGACUUCAACCACGACUUCAAAUCCUGUAACGACAUCCAGCUCGAUGACAAUCACAAGCAUACCGUACGUCGUUCAAAACCGGAAACCCUACCGGACCUCGACUUCAACAACAGGCCGACCUCGAGGACGUCCACCCAACAUAAACAAGCAUCUCCAGAGUAGUCUCCAGCACGCCGAUAGUAUGAAUAAUCAAUUUAAUUCUAAAGGAGCUUAUUCGAACUAUCUCAACACCUCAGGUAAUCGUUCUCUAAUGAAUCCCUAUUGUUUGAAUCCGUUAUUCGAUCCGAGCAUGUUCGCCGCUAUGUUGACUUCAGGCAUGAGCGGUGGCAUGAUGGAUCCUCUCUCCGCGAUGAAUUAUUUGAACCAGAUGGGAAGCUACCAAGACAUUCUCAGACAGUAUCAAAGUAAUCUCUCCUCAAUGACUAAUCUCGCUACUAGUCUCAGUAACGCGUCGAGCAGUGCGACCAGCCCUAGCAAUGUCUUGACGAUGAGCACGGCUAGUAGCAAUCAAUCCCCAAUCAAUACAAGCCCCAAUCUCGCUCAAUUUGCCAAUCUAAAUAACUUCAGUAAUUUAACAGUCAAACAGAUGUUAAGCCUGGCUAAUAGUUCUGCUUCUGCCUCUGCCUCUGCUUCUGCGUCGACGGCCACGCGACCUUCUCCACUCUAUCAGCAAUCGUCGGCCAAAACUACCACGACCACUUCAACGAUUAAGGAAAGGCCUGACAUCUCCAUAACACCCGUCGGCUCCUCUUCACUCCCUUACAAGCCGAAACUCCCCAAGCUUCCCAAACCCACCCAAGCAUCCCCGAAUGAUCCCUUCUCCAUGCAUCUCGCCAAACAGGGCCAAGCCUCGAAAUCCCUCUCGCACUCGUCAAACUCUCAAGUUUCUCUGCUCAAGCCCAAUCUUCAGUCGAAGCCAGUUCAACCACAAAAGCACAAUAUCCCGGUCCUUCAAAAACCAAUCGCAGCGCCUCCGAAAAUAUCCGCUCCGCCGAAGCAAGUCUCGACUCUUCCGAAGCAGGUCGCCGCUCCACAAAAUCGCGUCUCCAAGACCCUGGUCGAGCCUCAACCUGCCCACAAUUCCUCUCUCUCGUACUCGAAUUUGAAGGGAAGUCGUUUGGGGAAUCCGAGCCACUCGGGCAUAACUGUCAAGUCAGCAAAUCCAUCUAGCAUCCAGCCGGGCAUCCAGCCGGGAACUUCUUUGCAGCAUAAAUUGCUCUCGAAGAAGCAACCUCUGCCGUCGACAAGUCUCCCCAAUCCCAUGAAGAAACAUAAAAGCACAAAAUUCCCCUCUCAGAUGCCGCCGAGCACUUUCCAGAGUCUCCUGAAUGCUCUGCCCGGUUCUUCGCAGCCGUUCUUGCCGUCAGAGUUGAGUGUCUCGAUGAGUCCGGUUCCCAAAGGUCAGAGUUCGAAGCUUCCCACCUUCCGCAAACAGAAACCUCCUCUGAAAACAAUCGAGGUUUCGAGUUCGUUGUCCCAGUCGAAUAGCGAGGCUCUCACGAUGCUCUCGCAGUUGCAGCAUCACUCGGGAAUUGAGAUUAUCCCUCAGCAGAAAGGUCCGAGCUUGGACUUUCCGAGGAAUCUGCCGAAUCUGCCGGCGUCGCUCAGUGUUGUACCGCAAGGCUUGUCUGAGAGUGUCAAGGCGGCGAAUGAUGUCACGUUGUUUGAGUUGCCGAGAAAGCAGCCAACUGUUGUCCCGAGUGCCAAGCGAAAUGAGAAACCGGCGCCUAAAGAUAGUGUGGAAAUUAUUACGCUGGAUGACUGAAAUUACUUCACGAUUCGGCGAUAAGAUUUUUGUGAUUUUCUGUUGACUUGAGACUGCCGAAUCGUGAUUGUUUUUGAUGAUAAUGAUAAUGAUGAUGAUGAUGAUGAUGAUGAUGAUGAUGAAGAAGAAUAGGAAGAAUUGUGUGGAGAAUUUUUCGUGGCAAUGUGUGGAGAAUUGGGAGGAGAGGGGUAGGAAAUUAUCUAGAGAAAUGAAUUUCAAACGACUGAUAUUGAGUGAAUAGGUAAGCUUCUCAGUAAGGGAGUGUCCAUUAAUUAUUGAAGGAUUUUUUUUGGAGGAAGAGUGAGAUAAAGAAUUGCCUAAGCAAGUUUCAUCUGUCUAAUUAUUUUUCUUUUUCUUAAUAUGGUAAUUUAAACUGGGAUUGGCUGUUGAUCUUGAAUUGUUGAUCAAUUCUUGAAAUCUGGUUUAUUCGUUUCAUGGAAUAUCGGAGAAUUCCUGGAGAUUUUUGCAAUUCUUUGAAAUCCCUUGAAUUUUAUUUCAAAUUUUUAUAAAUCACUUGAAAACCUUUCCUUUUAAAAACUUGAGUUUCGUGAUAAUCUCUUGAUAUUCCUUAAAAAACAGGAAAUCCAAUAAAAUUUUUUUUGAUUCGAUAAAAUUGGUUAAAAUCCUUAAAAUUCUAUUAAAUAUGUCGAAAUGUUACGAGUUUCCUUGAAAUCUUUUGAGAUCCCGUCAAUUGUACUGAAAAUUUUGGAAAUUCCUUUAACCUUUAAAGGGCACGCUUCCGUAAAAUUACACAAAGAGCAUACUGGGUGUUAGGUACCCAAGAGUAUUCAAAUGUGUGCUGUGCCGAUGGUAUUGGGUAGUUUUUUUUACAAGAAAAUUAAUUAAUGAUGUUUAAUCUGUCUAGUUUAAGGAGGAAAGGGUUUCAUAACAGUUUUUGAAAUUUAAAGUAGUUUUAAAAAAUCCUUU